AUGAAGGGAACCGCAGUAAAGACUCCUCGCAAGGCUGACAGCUGGGACGUGCCGAGCCUCCCCGAGUUCCGAGCCCUGGAUCAACACCUGCGCCGCUGCGCGGAGACGCAGCACCUGGAGCAGCUGAAGACGGUGCUGCAGCAGAAGGCGGACGCAGAGACGGUGGUGAGGCGCGAGGACUUUGAGCAGCUCAUGACAGAGGUUCAAGGAAAGGCCACGCGGGAGGAGGUGCCUUGCAAGGAGGAAUUCGAUUUGCUGAAGGCGGGUGUGGAGCUGAAGGCGAACACCAGCGAGGUGCCGACGCUGCAGAGCUUCCAGGCCCUGCUCAAGGAUGUGCCAUCUCGGGCAGCCAUCAUGGUCCUGAACCAGGCACUGCACAGCAAGGCCAACGUGUGCGCAGUGCCCACCAAGGAGGAGUUGAAGGUGCUCACAGAUGUGCUGAGCAGCAAGGCCGACCUGAACAUGGUACCGACCUGGAAGGACUUCCAUGCUUUGCGCGACCGCGUGCAGAGGAAGGCCGACCGUGAAGCUGUGCCAAGCACGGCGCAGUUCCAGACGCUGAACGCCACCGUGGCCAAGAUCUCUGAAGGUCGCGACAUGCUGAAGCGGCGCCGCGAGAGCCCUGAGCCUGGAAGCUACGGGCCGGCACCUUUGACUCCUGAGAUUCAGCUUCCAGAACCUGCCACGCCAGGCGUUCCGGGCAAUGUCAACGCUCCCGGCACGCCCGCGAAGCCCACGCCUUUCGCGCCGCGCAAGGCGCGUACCCCUGGCCCGGUUGCUACCCCUGCGCGCAGCACUCGCCAGCCUGCGAUGGACACCGCAAAGGAGCCACAGCUGCAGAGAUCUGCUGACCGGGUUGCAAAGAAGAAGCGGACCCCAUCUCGCGACAAGGCGGACAUGCAUGGCCAGGCUGGCACCCCUUCACGCACCGCAGAGGCGAGGAAGAGGCGAACUCCAUCUCGCGACAAGGGGGACAAGGAUGGCCAGGCGAGCGAAGACGACUACCGGCGGCCAACCGGAAAGGCGCCCAGGGUCAAGCACGGGGAGAACAAGGGCAAAGCCAUGAUUUGGAACUCCAAGCAGGGCGCAUGGGAGGAGCCGGAGCCAUAGGUGCGCCGUGCUAUCACCCUCGAUCCCCCAAGCGCUGCAUGGGCGUUGGUGGUUCGGAAAGUUCUACAUCUACAUGGCUGGGCAUGCUCUGUUGCAUGAUCCGAAUUUCUGUUGAUGGUAAGGUAGCUUUCAAGGCGCCUACCUUCAAGCAUGGGUUUAUUUGCAGAUUCAGCCUGAGCAUGUGCCUCUACUCCUGAAGUC